CUUAUUGUGGGGAUUCGCUAAACUGACUCUGCUCAGGGGUGUUGUACUCGCUGCUGUUGUGAUCAUUGACUACAGUCAGCAGGGUGACGCUAUGGCCUCAGGCGGAGAUGGAGAUCCCUUCAGAUCCAAUCUACCCAGGAACCGAAAGAACCUUCACAGGCGUCCUUCAAGGCCUGUCACAGAGGAAGGCGUUGUACAAGAGACUGAAGAGGUUUUCAGAAGCUAUGUCUUUUUCCGGUACCAGACCGAGAGGGAAGAAGGAGGGAAUGUCCCAGAGGAUCCAGAAAUAGCAGAGAUGCAUCAAUCACCUGAAAGCACCACAGCUCUUGUUGGACGGCAGCUUGCUGUCAUUGGAGAUGACAUCAACCGCAGAUACGAUUUAGAGUUCCACAAUCUGCUGUCAACCUUGCCACUCAACGCCGAGAAUGCGUAUGACUACUUCCGCAAAAUAGCUCUCGGGCUUUUUGAAAGUGGUAUUAACUGGGGCCGUGUGAUAGCUCUCCUGGGCUUUGGUUAUCGAAUGGCUCUUUACGUCUUCCAGAGGGGUAUAAAGGGAUUCAUCAGUCAAAUUGCAAAGUUCGUUGCCGAAUUUGUUUUGAGAAAUCGAAUUGCACGGUGGAUUGCAGCUCAGGGCGGCUGGGUUGCAGCUCUGGAUUUAGACAAUGUUUAUAUGAAGUGGAUGGCUGGAAUUCUGGCUGUAGUUCUAAUGGGAGUAUUUGUGAUCCACAAGUUUUACAGGCCUUAAUACGUGGAUCUUCGCUGGAGCAGGCCUCUAGCCUUUGACUGUACAGAUAGGUUAUUUUAGGCAACUGUUUACAUCCACAUAACCACUUCUGAAGACAUGCUACUGAUAAUGGAUAGGAUGUGGGGAUCCAGAGUCAUUCAUCAAAUUGCCAAAUGCAAGCAGGCAUCUUUAUUUUGUGGGAAGAACAUUGAAACCCAAGCACAGUUCUCAUGUUUGAAACUUCAAUGUUGCUUUGAGUCUUGCUGGCAAAACAGAUGAUUUCUGGCUCCCAGAACCUGCAGACAAUCCUGUUCCUCUCGGGCGGAGACAUUUCUGAGCUGAAGUAGGAAGGCAGAGGCAACCUGGAGUUAUUUGUAUUUUUCAAAACGGGCUGUACAAAGAGAUAAACAGAAAUGUCAGCUCUCACACAUUUAGUAAAUAGACCAAUUGCUCAUAUCAUGUGAAUGUUUUGUUCAUAGGGAGUGGUUCAUCAUUUUUUUACUGCAUUGCUUUGAGGCAUUCUUUGUGUACUUCGCUAAGAGAAGGAUAGAAAGGCCGCCCUAUAAAUACACUCACUGAAAUGCACUUUUUACACGACUCCUGUCCUUAUGAAUUGCAGAUUGUCUCUGUACAGGCCUAAUAAUUUCAGAAUUAUUUUGCAUGCAGCUAUGACAGAAAAAUGGGAAUAUAUAAUCAACACUGGAAUUGUGAUUCAUGGGACAGAGAGAAUGUAUUGCUGUAAUGCUGUAGCCCGGCCCACUGUGUUUGUAAGCCGUGGGCAGUUUUGUCACUAUUUGGGGUCAGUGUUCCUGUGAAUAGUUAGUCACUGAUCAUGCGAUGAAAUCAACCCAUCUAAUCUAUAGACUCGCAGAGGAAAAAGGAAAGACUUGGUAAUUUUCAGUGUUUCAAUCAGAAAUGCAAGCAGAGGGAAAACAGAAGGGAAAUGGUGAUGGUGGAGUACAACAGUGCAGAUCCAGUCCACAGUGUUUGAGCGAGGAGCUUUGUAAUAAUAAUAAUAAUCCUUGCAUUUGAUAUAGCGCCUUUCAGGUCUUCUAGAUGUUUCAAAGCGCUUUGUAGAGCUUGUGUGCGUGCUGAGCCUGGUCCUUGGGGCAGGGCUUGCUCACUUCACAUGGGUUUGGCUGCAGGUUGCUAUUGGUGCUUGGAAUCAAGUUUCUUCUGUGCUUUUGCCAAUAAGAUUCAUUUAAAAGUUGAUUUGAGGAAGUGAUUUAUUUGGCUCCUGAGUUUUAGAAUUUGGCUCAAAAUUUUAAUUGAAUUUGUCUACAGCUUAAACCCCUGUAAAUCACACUGAGAUCUGUUUAGAAUGAACUGUUUGUGUGACCAACUUUAAAGACAAGAUUUGCCGUUGGACAGCUCCUUUAAAUUAUUUUUGAAUGGAGAUCCUAAAGAGAAGAACAAUAAUUGGUUUAUCUGUUGAUUUAGAACCUAGACAUUCCUCAUCAAUGCAGAUCUUCCAAUUUUCCUGGAGUUUUCAAAGGAUGGAGAUAAGUUUGUGGAGCAUCCAAAACCUGGGUAAAGUCAGAACAUUAGAUGUUUACAUCAACAAUCCUGUUCUUUCAAGUGCAUUAAAUGUGGAUGGAAAACCAGCAGGCUUCCAAUCUCUGAUAUUUGCAAUAUUAAUAAGCAUCAUGAGAGUAAUGAUAUUUGGAUGAAAGGGUGUUUGGAGAUUGUGAGUACCUGUUGUACUGCACUGUUUAACCAAUAUCAGUCUGCAGCCAGACCAUUAACUAUUUAAUCCUGAUAAAUGCUUACAUUCAUUCUUUGUCACAAAAUAAUAUGAUUGGGAUCAGUAACUUUAUAAACUUCCAGUUGAGCCAAUGUGUUUUGUUUUUCAUAUUGCAAUUCAAACUAAUACGUACUCACAACAUCUGAUGCCUUAACUAUUGGAUUUCUGAAAUGUGCCUGUGGAUAUUGUCAAAGCAGUAAAUGUUUUUUGGUAGCCUGGUACCUCAACUAAGUUAGUAAUGGCGGGUGCUGCAAUUGGCUUUUGGCUGGGCUAGAUAGAGAAGGAAAGAAACAAUCAGGUGGAAAUGGUAUGCUUUUCUCAGGAGUUUAUUGCAUUUCUAUAGAAUUGCAUGGAAGGUCAGGGCUUAAUCUGUUUCUGUGAUUUCAACUAAUGCAAAGAUAUUAGAAUUUCCAAACUGCCUAAAUUGGAACUCUUGAGGACAAUGUCUGCAAACAUAGAAUGGAAUAUGUCCCUGAAAAUACCAGAAAAGUUAUUGGGAUGGAAAUUGCUGCUUAGACAAGGUACUGUAAGGAACCAGCCAGUUCAAGGUUAAGAUGAAAAGUCCAUGGCCUUGCUGAGCUCAUGAUACGGAACACUCCUUUAGCAGCAGGCUCCUGGCUCUGCUGCUUAGCGUAGAUGCUAGCUGUUAGUAACCAUCAAAUACAGGCUGUCAAACACACAAGAGUUCUGAAAAGGUAGCUGAACGUGGGAGAGUACAAAGGCCAGCCUUGAGAGAUGCAGACUUAAUGAGGGUAUUUCCCCUCCCUUGAAGGUACAGGACUUCAGUCUGAUCCCUAUUCUUAACUCUUACCCCCACCGCACCCCCCACCUACCCCCCCAGCCCCUGGUAUUGUACAGGGUGACCAAAAGUUGUGAUAACUACCAUAUUAUCUAAAACCAAAAUAUCAUCAUUCUUUUAAGACUUAUUAGACAUUGUAAAGAUAUCACAAUCUUUUGGUCACCCUGUACUUCAUCCACUGAGCACCAGACAGUCUGCUUUGCUGAGCACAUACCCUACCUCAGGUGGACAUGUUCUGGCCUGACCAGACUUAACUCAGGUGAAUUUGAGUGGAAUAAAAUAUCAAACCAGCUUUCAAUUAACUGCACUGUGUGUUUCUGCGCCAACCUGCAGCCUCUGAUAUUAAUUUAAUGAAAUGGGCAGGUAAUGCCAGCUGCACAGUGUUUCAUGGUUUUGUAAAUCAAGUGUAAACCAUGUUUUAUUGAUUGUCUAGAAAAUUAUUUAGAUCUUUUACUUUUGUUCACUCUUUUUAUGUAUAAAAACUUCAUUGUAUUUAAGUGCAGAAUGGGCAUUCAUGGUAUAGAUAUUGGUUUUUAUUCUGCGUCUUUCUUGAAAUUUACAAAGUUUGGGUGCACUUAAUGCUUCAGUGAAGAAACCACGUAAAGAUUACAAACUACAAUCAAAUCUGCAGUCCUGGUGAUUAAUGCCAGUAAUGUGUCAUUUCAGAUGUUGCUAUUUUAAUGUGAAUGCUAUCUUUUUAAAUUCUCAUCAUGUUGUCUACCACAUUUCCUCAGGCUUAGCAAGGCAAAAGUAUCUGAUUUUGUGUUGUGACGAGAGUGAAAGUUUUUAUAAUGAGUAGCCAUUUAUAAAUAGCACUCCAUUGGCAAGUUCAGAGGAGAGGAUGCAACACUCCUGAAUACUGCAAUAGGACUCAAGAUUCCCUGUUCGAGGCACUAUUGGAGCUUCACUAAAACAAAUUAACCCAGCACACUGCCAGGUUACUCUGGUUUGCACAGAUGUUUCUUUCUCAUUUUGUGAAAUAAAACUUCAGUUUGUUAGGGGUAAAGCCACAGUGCUAUUCAUAAGCUGGUUGUAUUUGUGAGUGUGAGCAGCAGUGUAGUGUAACCUGAUUUGUACAGUAUGACUACAUGCCAUUCCAUCACUGUCCUGAGCAGUCCAAGCCUAUUCCUCGCGUCGGUCUCUCCCUCAUGUUGGUACUAACUUCAUUAGCUUCUCAAGUUUACACAUUGACUCUUGCUUACUGUUAUCUGUGCCCUUUUGUCACAGCUGCUGCACUCACUGUCUUAGUGCACACUGGGGGAAUGGCUGAGGGUGUGAAAUUGCACCUCAGCAUAAUUACUGCCUUCAGUGUGUUGGGGGUGGAAAGGGGAUGUCUUGCUGCUAAAUCUUCUCAGACAUUAUAUUCUAAAGUGUCCUCAAGCAGCAGUGAUCAAGACUACCAUAAAUAUAAAGGAAAGGGGAAAGUCUGAGGCGGUAUCACUUAGCCGUGCCUAAGAAAGCUCUGUUGAUGGUUAUUUCCGAUGGAACCAAAGGAGCAGAAUCCAGCUCAGGUUACAAGCAGCCUUACACAAUUGUGGUUUCUGGAUCGGCAAUUUUUAAAUGACAGCACUCUCGCUGCACAGCACCAUUGAGAACCUUUUGUGUAUUUAAUGUACAUAGUAAUGGUGGAAUACUGCUGUGAAUGUUUGUGGUGGGUACAUGUCGUGUUAGAUGUAGUGGGGAAUGAGAGUUGAUACACUACCUCCAGUAUUAAAAGGCAAUCGCCAGAUAAUAGACUGGUUAAAAACAAGCUUUCUGACUUGUAUCAUUUACUUCCUUCACAAACCCUCUGACAUUAACUUUUUGUUGGGUGAACAAGCUGAUAAAAUUACAGUGCCAUGGUAUUUAUUGCAAACAUUGAAACAUAACCAAAAUAGGUUGCUCAUUGAACAUACAACCAGCUUGUUUUUCAUUUAGCAGAGCCCUGAAUAGUAACAAUCUGAUUUGCCAAAGAGAGGGAAAUUGGUUUGAUCUGACCAUUCGUCAAUGAGCUAGCUAUCGUCCUACCCUCAGAUGUAGCUCAGUUGGGGAAGAGGUAGGAAAGAAAAAAAAUAUGGAAAAUGUGCAGCCACAGGAGGGGUGUGUACCCUCCAAAAUGACCCUUUUAACUGUUUAUACAACAACUUGCAUUUUAUAGCACUUCUUAAGUAAAAUUAUGUCUCUGAUAACUUUACAGGGAUGGGGUUGGCUGCCAAGCGAUUGGGAGGUGGCCUUAGUGUGUUCAAAGAGGGACUUAAAGGCAGCAAAAGACAGAGUUAGAGGUAUAGGCCACCUUGGCCAACGAUGGGGGAGUGGAGAGAGUGGGAAGUCCUGCAAGCCUGAGUUAGCUGAGUGGAGGGGAUAAGCAUAGGAGUGAGACAGGAAAAGGUCAAAGAAAUAAGGAGAUGCCAGGGAGUGGAUGGAUUUGUAUGUGAGGACCUUGAAAUUGAUCCAGUGUGUGUCUGUGGAGACAAGUGAGCACUUGGGUGAUGGGCGUGUGGAGUUUAAUGCAGGUGAAAGUUUUGGAGGCUGAGUUUUGACUGAGUUGCAGCUUGUGAAUGUUGUAGCUAGGAGGACCAGUGAAUAGUGUGUUAUAUAGAAUCUAAUCUAAUUAUCCUUAUAGAAUCGCUUGAACUGUAAAGAAGUGGACCUUAUCCAUUGAAAUAUGGCAUUACCAAUGUUAACUACACAACAGUUUCAAAAUUCAAACCUCUUUGCUACCAAACAGGCUAACCAGUUUCAGGGAAUAAUGAAGAAAGUUAAACCCAUGUUAUUUUUGCCCAUGGUACAGAUUUAUCAAAGCCCUUUCUCUCCCUCUUCCCGCAGUUAAUGUUUGUUGAAAGUAGCAGUGCAGUUUAAAUCUCUGAUUUUGAGAUACUGGGAAGCUUGUUUGAUUAAACUGUGUGUUCAUGGAUCGCGUCAGAUAAGAUGUUCUGCAUGUUCUCCAUAAUAAGAACAGAAAUGAAUUGAAUGAACAAACCCUCUGACAUUAACUUUUUGUUGGGUGAUUGAAAUUCCUUUUUGCAAAAGACUCAACAAUUCCGCUGAAGUCCUUCCCCCAGUGGCGAUCCAUCAACAAUAAUUGUGUAAACGUGGCUUAAAUCUUGCCCUUGGUUUCUGAGUGUUGUACUUGCACUGUAAAUGUACUGUAAUGUGGCCAGCAAUGGACCAUGAAUUUGAGAUGUAGCAGUUCAAGGAAGUCAUGCAAGUGACAAUUGCGGACUUUAUACACUGUGCAACUUGACCAUAGCACUGCAGCACUUUCCCCUGGCCAACUGUAAGAAGCUUCACUGUUGUGCUGAGAAGACCAUUAACUUUUGGAAACCUAAACUUACUGUGCCUGUAAGGUACACCACCUUAUAAUCCCAGCACAGGUUGAGGUGGUGUAUGUAGCCAAGCAAAACGGGUUAGCUUUUUCUGUGUUAGCUUGCGAGUGUUCGGCGUGACUUUCAUAUUCUCAGGAUGGACUUGUCUCAAAUCAGUUCUGCUUUCAACUUUAAUAAAUGGUUAACUGUGACAACAUUUUUAAAUAAUUUUAUAAAAACAAACUCGGGACUAAAACUUUGAAACCUGGCUGGACACUACAUUCCUCAGAGUGUGAAAUAAAAACCUGUGCUACAUCAUGAUAUUAUUGAUAACUAACUGCAUUUGGGAGGAGAGAGCAGGAGUGGUUGUGUGUGUAAUUUGUUUGUACAUUGAAAUAAAACCAUGGGCAUGUAAAUAGCCUUUUUCUCAAACCACCUAAGAAAACAAA